UGAUAGCCUUCAUAGAUUAAACAUUGGAUUAUUCUAUUUCAUACAAGUUCAUUCACAAAUCACACAAUUCUGUUUACUUCUUGAGUUGUCUUGUUUUUUGGGUUUUUUUUGUUGAAUUAAAUAUGCUGCUUUGCCUUCAAAACUUCCUUCCUUAUUACAAUAACAAAAAAAAUGGUACCACAGUUCGUUUUACAAUUAUACAGUUGUGCUACAGACACCUGAAAUAGAACAUAUAAAGGACAGGUGAACCUGUGGAUUAAUUAAGACUAAGUCUCUAAAAACGCAUUUUGUUUAAUUGUAGCCGAAUCUCUACAUGCUAAAGAUGUACGAAAUAGUGAUGCCUGUGAUAGAUACAAUGGGUGGUAAUCUAAGGACCAGAAUUUAUGUAAAGGUUUUUCAAGGACUAAAAGCUGGUAAAAUUUAUUGCCACUCGCUGACAGGCAACAAUGUCACAAACCAUGGUAUCGAGAUCAUUAUCUCCCUAAGUUUUAUCACACUGCCACUUGACUUAUCAAUAAAAAAAUGACUGGCAAAAAUCUUGAGCUGUCAACCUUUACCCUGUUGGUCCAGUGACAUUUGCAUAAUUAUUGACACUUCUUAAGUAACAUUUUUUGAAAAAUGGAGAUUAACUACAUUUUCUUUAUAUUAUUCAUGACCAAAUUAGCAUAUGCAUACAAAAUUUGAGCUCAUGAAGUAUUAUUUUUGUAGCAUUAUCAUCAAAGCUUUAACUUUUACUCUGCAGUUUCAAGUACAGUUAUUUGGUUCUGUAUUUUUAUUACACAGUAUGAAGGUAUCAGCCAACCUUAAGGCUUGCGAGCCAUGUCCUGUGGGGGAAUAUAUUUCAAUACCCUGCAACGAUGUGCACCCAAAUGUGUGUAAGAAAUGUCCACGUGGGCACUUCCAAAGUACACCAAACAACAGAACGAUUUGUGACUGGUGCCAGUCAUGCAAAAGGAAUGAGAUUGUGAGAGAAAAAUGUUCAGCGACGAAAGACACAGUUUGCCGCUGUCCCACAGGGUUUGUAUACGAUCCUAUCAAACCUUGUGAACCAUGCAAGGAUGCGGAAAAUUGUGAGGGUAAUGGAGACAAUGGAGGCAAUGAAGGAGGUGAAAAAGGAGGUGGUUUAUAUGUCCGCAAAGGAGUUUCAGACGAGGUUAUGAUUGCCAUAAUUAUCGGUGCAACUUUGGUGGUGGUUUUCAUUAUCAUAAUAAUUGCGGUAUAUUGCUUCAGGCGAAGGAGAAGAAGACUGGCGAGACCAUCCGCUCAUUUACUGACACCAAAGUCUCCUAUAAAGCCUGAUGUGGUGAAGGAUGCUGUUGUCCGACAAAACACCCCACCCUUACCACCACCUAGAACAACAAAUGACAAUUACUAUAGUCCUAUUCCAUCCUUACCAAGAGUAACAACGCCCCAGACGAGAAUAAACUGCUCAUCGAUGCCCUUCAAACUUGUAGAAGAACUAAACUUUCUUUUAAGUUCAUCAUAUACUUUUAACUAUAAACAUUUAGCAGGCGAGUUAGGCUAUAGCCAUGCGUUCGUUCGACAGCUGACGCAGGAAACACAUCCGGUAGAGGCACUCCUUGGAGCAUACGCAACUGAGGAAGAACCUACAAAAGAGAGACUUUGUAGAGCGCUAUUGACCAUUGGUCGUUCUGACGUAGCGGCCAAAGUGCAAUCUAGUUUGUGAUAAAUUGAUAAAUUUAUGGUAAUAAGUUUCUGAUAAAUUAUGUACAUGUAGAUAUAAACAUAUUUUAUAGUCUGUUUUUAUAAUAUAUUAGUUUUUUUGUGUUUUUCUUUUUUUAUUUACCAAAUGAGCUCGUUAUUAAAAAUUUUCGAAAAGUAAGAAGAAAGAUAGGAUAAGAUUUAAUUAUGAUUUCGUGUUAUAACUAAAUUAGAAAGGGUGGUAAAAUAUGCGGCGUCCAAAGAAUAUCUACCAGUGAAUAUUUGUAGGCGUAAUGUCAUUAUCACAGUGACUGGCCUGGCGCAUUUUUUUAUUUCGCCUGUUCAUUUUCAUUUAUUUGGUAAUUAUUUAACUUUUUGUGUCUAUUUUGGUUCGUUUUGUUUUAUCCAGCUUAAAUAUGUAAAUAGGAAAAUCAAAUUUUUAUACAAAAGAUUAUAGCUACUUUUUAUUAUUAAAACUUUGUGAGUAAUAAUUUAUUUUUCAAUUUUGAUCCAACCGGAAAAUAUUUGCUACUAACUAAAGGCGCCUGUAGCUAUUUUGGCUGUCGGCUCUUAAAAUUCGGGAAAGAAAUCUUGUGAAUAUUUUCUCUCGCUUGAUGAUUUUAAGCCAGAGUAGUUAAAGGCAUUAAUAACACCAUUGGAGGCUGCCAUCCGUUACGGAUUCGAUUUCUAUUCGAUGCACUGUACUCAGUGCGUACAGUAGUCAAGGACCUUUUAUUUCGUAGCCUUAUUAGUUUCAAUUUUUAGUAUAUUUUGUUUCGAGGGAUUUUAUUUGUUACUUAAUUGCUUACUAUAUCCGAGUAGAGUUUACAUGCAUUCUUAUGCGCAUCAAAGUUUUGAACAGAAUGUAAACCAGCCUUUAUUUUUUAACCGCCUGCUACUGACCUCAACAAACAAGUUGAUUGACAGAUACGAUGAGUCAUUUUAAAGGGAAAUUACAAGUAUUCGUCGGGCUAAGAUGUCCCUCUUUCUGUGAAUUACCUACUUUUAGGAUUCUAAUGCAAUGGGGAAUAGUAAAAGAACUACGAAAAAGGAUCUCAAAUCCCUCUGUAGACAUUUUUUACUUUUUUUUAACUUUAUAGUCAAGUAUCUUUUCAAAUAUAUUUGUAAGUUUCGUUUAUAAGAUAUCCACGGGUAACAUUUUUUUUAUUAAAACUUUUUCGCCAGUGAAGGCCUUUUUUUAAUUUUUUUUGUGGACGAUAGUUAGAUUCCUAUUUUCAGUUUUCUUGUGUCGUGUCAUUGUACGUUUUUUUUUGUUUUAUUUAAAAGUUCGUAAGCUAUUUAUAUACUCUUUGUUAUUCAUGUAAAUUUCAUCUUGACGGUUUAACAUGGCGGACUGUUAUGGUAA